AAGCUAACUCACCAAACCUAACAUCACAUCUUCAUUUUCACGUAACAUUGUUCUCUAUAUAAAUUCCGCAUCUCGGAAUAAUUUAUAAGCUCAUUCCAUUUCAAAUUUGCCGGCACUUCAAUUUACGUCCCGGAAUUUAUUUGGAUCUGGCCGGAAUAUUCUACUCCGGCUACCCACGUUAAUUGUCCCAUCUUUACAAUCAAUUUCACAGGCCAGGUUAAACUUUGCAUAGCCCUAGUAAUUAUUUGGGGAUUUUGAGCUGAUGAAGAACGGGAUGAUAGAGUGCAGUGUCUGUCAUUCCAAGCUGGUCUCUCCAUCCACAAAAUCUGUUUCACGGGCAUAUGAUCGCCACAGGAACAAGGUAUCAUCAAAGCAACGGGCUCUCAACUUCCUUUUGGUUGGUGGUGAUUGUGUCCUGGUUGGUUUACAGCCUAUCUUGGUUUUUAUGUCAAAGGUGGAUGGAAAAUUUAAGUUUAGCCCUAUUAGUGUCAACUUUUUGACUGAGGCUGUGAAAGUUAUUUUCGCGAUUGUAAUGCUUCUAAUCCAGGCUAGGAGGCAGAAGGUUGGUGAAAAGCCGCUUCAAUGUGCAAAAUGGUGCAAUGAUGUUGUGGUUGAAGAUGCCCUAAAAGACUGGCCAGUUGCAGUUCGUGGAGGUGAACCAUCCAUACCUUUUAGAAUCUAUCGAUAUGUUCUAAAAAACGACGCCUCGACCCGCCUAUGGAAAACUGCCUGCGCUCGCACAUUUUAA